AUGAGCUACAACCUUUUCCUCCUGGCUUUUGUCCUGGGCAUUACUGGAGCUUUCCACUAUGGAUUGCAGGUCUCCAUUAUCAAUUCUCCUGCUGAGUACAUCCAAAGUUUCAUCCGUGAGACCUGGCUGAAGAGAUAUGGCUCCUCUCCCAGUGCAGAGAUGAUCACUUUGUUGUGGUCCUUUAUUGUGUCCAUUUACAGCAUCGGUGGGCUCCUGGGCUCCUCCUCUGCUGGGUACUUGUCUGUUAGGUUUGGAAGGAAGAAGGCCCUGCUGCUUGCCAACAUCCCUGCUCUGCUGGGUGCAGCUCUGAUGGGACUCAGCCGCCUGUGUGGAUCUUUUGAGAUGAUCAUGGCUGGAAGGUUGUUUUCUGGAGUCUGUGGAGGUUUAGCUCAGAAUGUCCAUAUCAUGUAUGCUGGGGAAUGUGCUCCAAGGAAACUCCGAGGGCUGAUUGCCAUAACAGCUUCCACCUCCAUUGCUACUGGAAAAUUUAUAGGAUUUGCUCUGGGUCUCAGAGAAGUUCUUGGAGUGGAGGCUCUCUGGCCAAUUCUCCUGGCAGCCAAUGCAGUCCCUGCCCUUGUUCAGCUUCUCACCCUCCCCUUCUUCCCAGACUCUCCUCGCUACCUGCUCAUUGACCGAAAGGACAAGGAGGGCUGCAUCAAAGCUCUGAAGCAGCUCUGGGGAGAUGGGGACCAUAUGGCUGAAGUAGAUGACAUGAUGUCAGAGCAGAAAGCCAUCCGUGGGGAGAAGGCCAAGGGCAUUUGGGACCUGCUGAGGGACAGGGCAGUGCGCUGGCAGCUCAUCACUCUGUUCCUCGUCAUCUCCUGCAUGCAGCUCAUCGGGGCCAAUGUGGUUUACUCUUAUGCAUACAGUAUCUUUAUAAAGGCUGGAAUCCCCCCUUCUCAAACCCAUUAUGUCUCCCUGGGGGUUGGGACCACUGAGAUCCUCUCCACAGUUCUGUGUGGCUUCCUCAUUGAUCGUGCAGGGAGGAAGACACUGCUGUGGAAAAACUACACAGUGAUGGCCUUGGCUCUAGGGCUCCUCACAGUCACCCUCUCACUGCAGGACUCCUUUUUCUGGGUACCAUACUGCUCUGUGGCACUUGUCUUUAUUUUCAUCAUGAGCUUUGGCGUUGGGCCAGGUGGAGUAGUAUGCCCCUUGAUCACAGAAAUCUUCAUUCACUCAUACAGACCAACUGCUUAUGUUUUUAAUGGUGUUACAAACUGGAUCCAACUCUUUGUCCUUGGACUUGUGUUCCCUUUCCUUGUGGAAGGUCUUGGUAAUUUAUGUUUCAUCAUUUUCCUGACAUACUGCCUGUCCAUGGCUAUUUUUGUAUUCCUGGUGCUGCCAGAGACCAAAGGGAAGAGCAUGCUGCAGGUCAUGGAGGAGUUCAACCGCCUGAACUACCGUGGAAAGAAGGGACAGGCAGCCCUACAGCAGAGUAACUGCUCACUGGUGACUGUGACUAGGCUUUAA